AUGUUUGGGAGAUGGAAUUACAAUAAUCGGAGAAAUGGAACAUACACGUUCACUACACUCGGUAAAAAGUUUCAGGAGAUGCUAUCAAUCAACGAGUAUCUAUGUCUACGAAUGACGGUAGAACCGUCAACCGAAUUCGUGUACACAGUACAUGAUGGAGGAAGGCGAUUCAUUCUUAAUUUGAAUAGCAAAACUUGCAGUUGUCGUAUGUUUCAACUAGAUGAAAUCCCCUGCCCGCAUGCAUGGGCUGUCAUUAAAAAGAAAAAUCUGGUUGCUGAUGAUUAUUGCUCUGAUUUGUUCAAACCGGAGACCGUGUUGAAUACAUAUGAUGUACCUGUGGAUCCUCUACCCGAUGAGCGUGAAUGA